ACAGGCAUUGUGGGAUCGGAAGCCUCGGUUUUGCCAUGGAGAAAGCAGAAAACAUCAAACUUGAGACCGAAAUUAGCAAAUAAAGCAGCAAUCUUUAAGUCCGAGGUCGUUGCUGUGUGGUGAAGAUGAUACUGGCUGCUAUGAAGGGCUCUCGGUGAAGAGAAAUAAAUGGAUAUCCGUUAUGUCAUCGAUUCUCGACAUACGAGGGAGUGAGAAAAUUUGUGUCAAUGGACGUUUGUGUGGUGGCUCGUAGAGUUUUCGACGGCAGAGAAGAAUUAGGCCAUUUUUAGGAAUUAGGAAUUGCACUCUUUUUCAUUACGGUUUUCCUGAAAGACAGAGAAGGGAAAAUGUCGGCGACCACGAGCCCAGAAGCAGUGAGGAAAUUGCUGGAUAACAUGCAGACCGACCUGCGCUCUCUGUCCAUGGAAUGCAAGAAGAAAUUCCCUCCUGUGAAAGAGGCUGCAGAAUCUGGCAUUGUUAAGAUUAAGACAAUAGCUGCAAGAAACACGGACAUCCUUGCUGCUCUGAAAGAGAAUAGCUCUGAGGUGGUGCAGCCCUUCCUGAUGGGCUGUGGAACUAAAGAGCCCAAAAUCACCCAGCUGUGUCUCGCUGCCAUUCAGAGGCUCAUGUCCCAUGAGGUGGUGUCAGAGGCAGCAGCAGGAAACAUUAUUAAUAUGUUGUGGCAACUGAUGGAGAAUGGCCUAGAGGAAUUAAAGCUUCUACAAACAGUUCUCGUACUUCUUACCACCAACACAGUAGUGCACGAUGAAGUCCUCUCAAAGGCCAUCGUGUUGUGCUUCCGUCUUCACUUCACUAAAGACAACAUCACCAACAACACGGCAGCAGCUACAGUCAGGCAGGUCGUCACUGUGGUAUUUGAAAGGAUGGUCGCAGAGGAUGAGAAAUUCAAAGGCAUGGCAGAGCAGCCGCCUGUUAUUCAAGCUAACAGUAACCGCAGGUCUGUGAGCACCCUCAGACCAAGUGCUAAAGAUGCCUACAUGCUAUUUCAGGACCUGUGCCAGUUGGUGAACGCUGAUGCCCCCUACUGGUUGGUGGGAAUGACGGAGAUGACUCGAACAUUUGGGCUGGAACUUCUGGAGUCUGUUUUAAAUGACUUCCCUGGAGUUUUUCUACAACACCCAGAGUUCAGUUUCCUGCUGAAGGAGCGUGUGUGUCCUCUGGUGAUCAAGCUUUUCUCACCCAACAUCAAGUUCCGUCAGGGCAGCAGCAGUAGCGCUGCUUCACCUGCCCCAGUGGAGAAACCCUAUUUCCCCAUCUGUAUGCGCCUGCUGCGGGUUGUCUCUGUACUGAUCAAGCACUUCUACAGCUUGCUGGUGACGGAGUGUGAGAUCUUCCUGUCUCUUCUGGUGAAGUUUCUGGAUGGUGAGAAGCCUCAGUGGCUCAGAGCUGUGGCUGUGGAGUCAGUACACAGGCUCUGUGUGCAGCCACAUUUAUUGCGGUCUUUUUGCCAGUCCUAUGACAUGAAGCAGCACUCUACCAAAGUAUUCAGAGACAUCGUCAAUGCCCUUGGUUCUUUCAUCCAAUCUCUUUUCAUUGUACCCAGCAUAGGAAAUGUUUCUGCUAUCACACCUGCAGGUGGUUCAGUAUCAGGUGUCCAGGCUUCAGCUCAGGGAGGCUCAGGAGCAGCAGGUGGCCCUGGGAGUCUGAGCACCCAGGCUGCCUUUGAGUACCGUGGCAUGUGGAUCCCCCUAAUGAGCGUCAGUGUGCAGGGCAGUGCCAAAGCCACCUAUCUGGAGAUGUUGGAUAAAGUGGAACCACCUUCUAUCCCUGAGGGCUAUGCUAUGUCUGUGGCAUUUGGUGCUCUACUCGACCUCGUGAGAAGCAUCACCUCUGUUAUCGAGAAGGAGCUGGCCAAGGAAGAAAAGGAGGCUGCUGCCAGAGAAGAGGUGGAGCUUGGUCUCCCACCACAGAGUGAAGAAAUGUCUCAGGAACCACAACCCCACCAGGUGUGGGAAGAGAUGGUGAGUGCGUGCUGGUGUGGUCUACUAGCAGCUCUUUCUCUCUUACUAGAUGCAAGUACGGAUGAGACGGCUACAGAGAAUAUCCUGAAGGCCGAAUUGACUAUGGCGUCUUUGUGUGGUCGUCUCGGCCUUGUGACCCCUCGAGAUGCAUUCAUCACUGCUAUCUGUAAAGCCUCCCUUCCCCCACACUAUGCUCUUACGGUACUCUGCAGCAACGCAGUUAGCCUCUCCAACAAAACAUACUCUAUUCAAGGCCAGAAUGUGCAGAUCAUUAGUCCUUCCAGUGAGUCUCAUCAGCAGGUGGUGGCCGUGGGACAGCCACUGAGUGCACAACCCCAGGGCACUGUGGUGCUCACAGCAAAAAACAUCCAGUGUAUGCGGACUCUGUUGAAUCUAGCUCAUUGUCAUGGGGCUGUGUUGGGAACCUCUUGGCAGCUAGUGCUUGCUACCCUGCAGCACUUAGUAUGGAUUUUGGGUCUGAAGCCAGGGGUCGGUGGAGCGCUGAAGCCUGGGAGAGCAGUGGAGGGUCCCAGCACUGUUCUAACAACUGCUGUAAUGACAGACCUUCCAGUCAUCUCCAACAUCCUCUCCAGACUCUUUGAAAGCUCCCAAUACCUGGAUGAUGUCUCUCUUCAUCAUCUCAUCAAUGCCUUGUGUUCCCUGUCCAUGGAAGCUAUGGAGAUGGCUUAUGGCAAUAACAAGGAGCCAUCUCUGUUUGCAGUAGCUAAGCUGUUGGAGACAGGCCUGGUGAAUAUGGACCGCAUAGAAAUCUUAUGGAGACCUCUUACUGCACACCUAUUAGAGGUGUGCCAACACCCUAACACACGUAUGAGGGAGUGGGGAGCUGAGGCAGUCACGUCUUUGAUCAAAGCUGGCCUUGCCUACAAACAUGACCCUCCUCUUUCACAGAACCAGAGACUGCAGCUCCUGUUGCUGAACCCUCUGAAGGAGCUUUCUAACAUCCUACACUCUGAUAUCAGGCAAAAGCAGCUUGAGUGUGUGCUCCAGAUUUUGCAGAGUCAAGGAGACAGCCUUGGCCCAGGCUGGCCUCUGGUGCUGGGGGUCAUCGGAGCCAUUCGCAAUGAUCAAGGUGAAUCCUUAAUUAGAACAGCCUUCCAGUGCCUGCAACUAGUGGUGACGGACUUCCUUCCCACUAUGCCUUGUACAUGCCUCCAGAUUGUUGUUGAUGUAGCUGGCAGCUUUGGUCUUCAAAACCAGGAACUGAACAUCAGCUUGACCUCUAUAGGCCUUUUGUGGAACAUCUCAGACUAUUUCUUCCAAAGAGGAGAGAAAAUUACAGAGGAGCUGGAGCGAGAGGAAGCCAUUCUGAUAAAACAGGCCCAUGAAAAAGGGGAGCCUCUGAAUCGACCCUUCCAUCCUGCUCCACCAUUUGACUGCCUGUGGUUGUGUCUUUAUGCCAAAUUGGGAGAGUUGUGUGUGGAUCCUCGGCCAGCCGUCAGAAAAAGUGCAGGCCAAACAAUGUUUUCGACAAUCGCUGCCCACGGAACCCUGCUACAGCAACCCACGUGGCACAUAGUAGUGUGGAAGGUGCUUUUUCACUUAUUGGGUUGUGUGAGGAAGUCGUCCACCACUGCCGAUAAGGAGAAGAUCGAAUCAGGAGGCGGGAACAUCCUUAUUCACCAUUCACGUGAUACUGCAGAGAAGCAGUGGGCAGAAACUUGGGUCCUGACCUUGGCUGGUGUAGCACGAAUCUUUAACACCAGGAGAUAUCUGCUGCAGCAACUGGGUGAUUUCUUCAAAGCAUGGGAGGUGCUGUUGGACCACAUCCAGUCUGCAGCUCUCAGCAAAAAUAAUGAAGUCUCUCUGGCUGCUCUCAAGAGUUUUCAGGAAAUUCUCCAGCUAGUGACACCAGUUAAAGAUGUGGAAAAACCUGACUCUUUGGGUUCUGUGGACCUUCCCCCUGUCCCCAUGGUGGACUCUCUCACAUCCUCAGGCCCUGGGAGACCUCUGAUGCGUUCAGACUCUUUAGCAGAGCGGCUAGCGCAGCGCUACAAUGCCCAGGCUCAGCUUCCUCUUCCUGGGGAAGAGGUGGAUGACUCUGCACUGUGGUGGUCAGCUUGGAGCACAUGGUACCGAACGGGCACAGAGUGCACACGGCCUCCAAAUGGCAAUACUGAUAAAUUGGCAUUUGUGCCCAGUCAGCCCUUUCUGACGGCAUUGAUCCAGAUCUUCCCCGCUCUGUACCAGCACAUAGCAAGUGGCUUUAGCAUGGAGGACUUGCGUAAGCUGGGUGUUAUACUGCACGGAGCAGUGUCUGUACCCAUCAGUUCAGAUGCUUCACCGUUCAUUCUGCCUUCCUACACAGAGGCAGUGCUCACCAGUCUGCAAGAAGCUGUUCUCACAGCUCUCGAUGUGCUACAGAAGGCAAUUUGUGUGGGCCCUGAGACCCUGCAGGUGAUGUACCCUGCCAUUUUUGAGCAGCUCCUGCAGUUUGUUGAAUUCUCUUGCAAGCCCCCGCAGUAUGGCAAAAUGGAAACUAAGCAUGUGGCUAAUGCUAAAUAUAACCAGGCUGAGUGGGUGGCCUUAAACUAUGUGCCGUUUGCUGAGAGAUCUCUCGAGGUGAUGGUAGACCUGUAUCAUAAAACUGCUUGUCACAAAGCUGUUAUCACUGAGAAAGUCUUAGAGAACAUCAUUAAGACUCUGACGAUGCCUUUAGGCCUGAAAUAUGCAUGUCCUGCUGAAAGCACAUGGAAGCUGGCGGUCUCCUCUCUGCUCAAAGUUCUUUCCAUCGGCCUUCCAGUUGCCCGGCAACAUGCCUCCUCAGGCAAAUUUGACACCAUGUGGCCUGAGCUGGCAAAUGCCUUUGAGGACUUCCUCUUCACUAAAAGUACACCUCCUGAUAACCUGUCCAUUCAAGAGUUCCAGAAAAAUGAAGCCAUUGAUGUUGAGGUGGUGCAGUUGAUCAGUACAGAGAUUUUGCCGUACGCUAAUUUCCUCCCCAAAGAAUUUGUAGGUCAGAUCAUGGCCAUGCUCAACAGAGGGUCCAUCCAUUCUCAGCCAUCUUCCUUUACAGAAGCAGAGAUUGAUAUCCGUAUGCGUGAAGAGUUCUCUAAGGUGUGUUUCGAGACCCUGCUACAGUUCUCCUUCAGUAAUAAAGUGAGCACACCACAGGAAGGCUACAUCUCCCGCAUGGCCCUCUCGGUGCUACUGCACAGAGCUCAGGACGUGCUGCGCCGAUACGUAGAAGAUGAAAGGCUUAGCGGUCGCUGCCCCCUCCCCAGGCAACAAGUGACAGAAAUCAUUUUUGUUUUAAAAGCUGUUAGCACACUCAUGGAUUCCCUCAAAAAGACACAGCCUGAGAAUGUGGAUGGGAAUACCUGGGCUCAGGUGAUCGCUCUGUACCCCACGCUGGUAGAAUGUAUCACUUGUUCGUCUCCUGAGAUCAGCUCUGCUCUGAAGGAGGCUCUGGGGCCUUUCAAAGACUUCAUGCAGCCGCCAGUGGCCAAAGUGCAGAAUGGCGAGUCAUGAUCCAUUACGUCCCACAAGCUUUUUAUCCAACCAGAACCAUGGCACACCACACACAAAGACUUGUUUUUGCCCCAACACACAUUUUAUUGGCUUUUUUCAUGGAAACCAAGCUCCACUGUUCUCAGCUUCUUCUAACGGUAAUUCAAAUAAAAUUUUAAUUGGCUGGCUGGACAGUAAUAAUGCAUUUUUUGUUAGAUAACAUAUGCAGUGUUCAUUGUAUUUUCUUCUUGAUCCCCAUCCCCCACAUUUUUUUUCUUUUCCCUAAACAGGAGUUAAUAUACAGUGUGUGGUGAUAGUGUUAACGAUGUAACAAAGAAUCACAUAUUCAACAUUAAUUAUCUCAAACCGAAUAAUGGUUUUAGACAAUACAUUGAUUAAUAAAAGUGGUCUUUUUGUGACAUUUUCUCAACUGCAAAAAGAUUUUAUGCAAGAUCUGAUUGUAACAUUCCAUGUGAUCUCUAGUGAACUGGAGAAGGGAUGUAACCCUGUGUGUGUAAAAUAAAUGGUACAGUUCUAUGAACACCAAAUAUACUUAUUUAUUUUUAAAUGCCACUUUACACAAUAUCAGACGGUAGCAUUGCUUUUCUGUAGUGUGCAAUUUGAAUCUACAUUUGUCUUUGUGGGUGGCAUGGUGCCGCAGCCGGUACCGUUGCUGCAUCAUAGCUCCAUGCUCGAUCAUGACCUUAGGUUACUUUCUGUGCAGAGUUUUGCAUGUUCACUCUGGUUUCCUCCCACCACACAACAUGCCAGUAGGUGAAUUGGCUAAUCUAAAUUGCCCCUAGGUGUGAAUUUGACUGAAUAUUUAAACCAGUGUUUCUUAACCAGUGGUCCAUUGACCCCUUUUAGUCUGUGAUAAUGUUUUGAAAAAUAUUUAUUUAAAUAUUUCAAAAUAUACUUUAAAUACAUUUUCAGCCCCCCCCCCCCCCCUUUUAAACUUAUUUAUUGUUUUAUUAAAUAAAUCUACAGUACCAGUCGAAAGUUUGGACACACCUUUUAAAUCAAUGUUUUUUUUCUUUAUUUUUAUUAAUUAAGACACUUCAUGUCUUAAACCACACUCACAACCUGCUGUACGUGCUACUACGGGCGGUCUAAAAUUUGGCAAAACUGUGCUUGAGACUUGCGCGACACUUGCGUGUGUUCAGCGCUGUAGAAGGUCGCAGACUGGCCGUGGAGACUUUUGGUCCUGCACAUGCAAAUUCUACGGGUCUUGCGAAAAAUCAAGAACGCAUACACUACGUACGGGACCCGUACUGCUCUUGUAUGCCUGAACCAAGUCAGCAGCAUGGCUAGUAGGGGCUUUUUGCGAUGACAGUAAGACGUACGAGUGACACAUGGUCAUUGUACGAGUGACGUGCCUCAGAAGUACUACAGAAGUAUUCCACACUUGCUAUUUCUGCAGCCCCCAAGACAGAAGUACAUCUCACUUUCUACCCCAUGUGUGGUGUGCACACAGUGCACGCAACCUGUAUGCAACAUGAGGAGCAAGACUCUGGGUAUAUAUUGGGGGAGGAACCAAGGAACCGAUUAUGUACCGUGUAGCAUUGUAGAAGGGAAGAAGAUGGCUGUCGCCAUACCGCCGCAAGGACUGGGGGAGUUGGACCUUUACAGACAGAUGAUAGAAGCUGAGGAGCAGCACGAAGCGAUAUUGGCUUUGCUCAUACAGGAACACUGACAUCAGAACACGAGGCGGCAGAGGCGGUGGCCUCUGUCCCAUCUUUUCCCAAUCACUUUCUCUCUCUUAUCCUCUGCCGAAUGCAGCCUGUACUUAGCAAGUACUUUGCCCGUACUUCUCCCCCAAACUUUCGCCCGGGUUCACCACAACACUGCGGCACAGCUGAGAGCUUCCAAACCCUGCGACCCGUGUACACUACCGUUCAAAAGUUUGGGGUCACUUUGAAAUUUCCUUAUUUUUGAAAGAAAAGCACUGUUCUUUUCAAUGAAGAUCACUUUAAACUAAUCAGAAAUGCACUCUAUACAUUGCUAAUGUGGUAAAUGACUAUUCUAGCUGCUGGUUUUUGGUGCAAUAUCUCCAUAGGUGUAUAGAGGCCCAUUUCCAGCAACUCUCACUCCAGUGUUCUAAUGGUACAAUGUGUUUGCUCAUUGCCUCAGAAGGCUAAUGGAUGAUUAGAAAACCCUUGUACAAUCAUGUUAGCACAGCUGAAAACAGUUGAGCUCUUUAGAGAAGCUAUAAAACUGACCUUCCUUUGAGCAGAUUGAGUUUCUGGAGCAUCACAUUUGUGGGGUCAAUUAAAUGCUCAAAAUGGCCAGAAAAAUGUCUUGACUAUAUUUUCUAUUCACUUUUCAUGGAAAACACAAAAUUGCCUGGGUGACCCCAAACUUUUGAACGGUAGUGUAUGUCCAAAACACUUACAGCAGGUUGUGAGUGUGGCGUUAAAGGAAUGAUGGAAGUCAUUUCUCUUUACUUAGUUGAGCGGUUUUUGAUAUAAUAUGGAUUACUAUACUUGUGGAAUAGAGCUAUUUACUGUGUUUUUAUUAUUUACUAUUUACUGUUUGAUCUCAAACACAUUUAAGAAGACAAGAAAUUACAGUAACAUUUGACAAGACACACCUGUUAAUUGAAAAACAUUCCAGGUGACUCCCUCAUGAAGCUGGUUAAGAUAGUGCCAAUAGUGUACAAAGCGUCAUCACAGUAGACACUGGCUACUCUGAAGAAUCUAAAAUAUGAAACUUAUUUUGUUUAACACUUUUUUUUUUUCUGUUUACCACAUAUAGUAAUUCCAUACAUGUUCCAUGUGUUAUUUCAUAGUUUUGUCUUCAGUCUUGUUCUACAAUGUAGAAAGUAGUCAAAGUAUAGAAAAACCUAUGAAAGAGUAGGUGUGUCCAAACUUUUGACUGCUACUGUAUAUGCUAAGUCAUGUGCAUUCACAGCUCUCCACUGGCUUAGCUCAGCUUGUUCAUUCCAGAGUGCACUCGAUUUAUGUUCACUGUGUCAUUAUUCACACAUUUUGCAUUGUGUCCAACAUUGUUGGGUUAAAUAAACAAAUGAUCAUUCAGACUGAUAAUCAGAUUGAGUGUAAUGUUAGCAAUAAAAUGUGUAAACAUUUUACUGUUCAUCCCCAGCUGCAAAAAAGACAAAGUUCAAGUUCAACACUGAUGCAUAUUAAUGGGGAAAUUAAAUGUGUAUGUCAGUGUACAAUGUGAAAUGUUUAUAGCACUGUACAGUUGCAGUCAUCCAUUUACAUACAUGGACAUAACUAUCAUGACAAUAUUGUGCUUUCAAUUAUUUCUUUGAACUGUUCUUUUUUUGAGGCAGAAUGAUUGUACAACAUGCAUUUUUAAUAGAAAAAAAUUAUUUGGUAUACAAUUUUUUUUUUCUGUUUUCUGAAAUCAAAACAGGGUCAAAAUUAUACAGAUAGUGUAAAAAUAUACAUACAGCAUACUAAUAUUUGGUUAAAUGUCCCUUCACCAGUUUCACCUUGACUAUAUGCUUUUGAUAGCCAUCAAUAAGAUUCUGGCAGAAUUCUGGUUGAAUAUUUGACCACUGUUCUUGGCAGAACUGAUAGAGUUCAAUGAAAUUGAAAUUCAGUUAAUUUAAACUGAUGGUUUGAGGUUAUGGUGAAGAAUUCUGAGGUUGUCUCAUUAUUCCACCCACUUUGUGCAACGCACCAGUUCCACUGGCAGAAAAACAGCCCUAUAGCAUGAUGCUACCAUCACCAGGCUUACCAGUUGGUACAGUGUUCUUGGGGUUGAAUGGUCAUUAUGUCCAAAGAACUUGAUCUUUGUCUCAUCUGACCAUAAAACCUUCCUCCAGAAGGCUUUUCCUUUGUCCAUGUGGUCAGCUGCAAACUUUAGUCGAGCUUGAAGUUGUCGAUUUUGGAGCAUGGGGCUUCUUUCUUGGACAGCAGCUUGUGCCUUGGUGGUUCAUGAGUUGUUUCUUACCAUCCAAAACAAUUUCCUAUCACCAGAGGAUGACCAUUUUGGUCUUUUUUCAGACCUUGGCAAAGUGGCUACACCUCCCAAUAAUGUAUUUACAUAUAAUCGUUGAUAACUGACCUUGGAAUCUGCAGUUGUUUAGAAAUGAAUCCAAGAGACAUUCCUGACUUGUGUAAAUCUAUGAUCCUCUUUUCAGAUCUGCACUGAUCUCCUUGGACUUUCCCAUUAUACUGUGUGUUGGUCAAUAUAAUGACAGCUGCCAAACAAACCCCUUUUAUGUUUUCACAGAGAAGCUACCAGCUGUAGUCAAUCAUGAUCACUAACAGGAAGUUAAGACAUUUUGAAACUUUUAGCACCACUGAAUUAAUAAUCUCAAUUGGUGUGUGUAUAUUUUUUGACCCUGUUUUUAUUUCAGACACCCAAAAUAAAACUUGGGCACCUAAUUCUUGGUGGUUGUUUAUUAUUAUUAUUAUUAUUAUUAUUAUUAAAGAUGCAUGUUGUACAAUCAUUCUACCACAGAAAAAGAACAGUUCAACGAAAUCGUUGAAAGCCCAAUGUUGUCAUGACAUUCAAAACUGUGCAGUGACUGCAUCUGUAUAAAAAUGUCACUGUUAAUAUUUAAGGCAUUUUGAAUAUCAGGCAGGAUAUCAAAUUUAAUAUUGAACUGAAAAUUUAUUAAAUUUGACACCUGUUGGUUUCUGAAAA